AUGGCUACGCCUAGCGCAGCCUUCGAUAUGGCAGACUUUGUCGAUUUCGGGGAAGCAGGCAUGUCCAAUGUGUCACAAGAAAUCGACCCCAACGUAUUAGAGACCUCGUUUCACGAGAGCGUUCCACUAGACAAAGACUCUGGGAUUCUGGAGCAGUCCACCAGUGCUCAACCCACGAGUACAGACUUCAACACAGACUUUAGCAGCUGGCUUCCACGAUACCAGAAGCCUGCCCAUCCGUGCGAGUACUGUCGAUCGAGAUCUCUUGAGUGUUUUAUAUAUAACGUCGAUGGCUCAAAGCGAUCAGGAUGCUCGCCUUGCAACGCUCUAUUCCGACCAUGCAGCUUCAGCAACCCCGAGAGGAUGCCAGGUAUGCGACAAAGGACUGCGCUAGACACUUUAGAUGUCGUGGCCGAGAAUGACACGCGACAUUUUGGUGGACUUACUGGCAGGAAGCAGAUGCGAUCGCUAGGUCAUCUCGGCCCUAUAGAAGAUGGGAAGGAGGAUGACGAAGGUCCCAAGAAGGGUGCUGCAGCAGCUCGCUUUCCAAGAGCUGCCGUCAAGGCGCUGAAAGACUGGAUGCUUAUGCACAUCGAUCAUCCAUAUCCAACCGACGAAGAGAAGGAAACCCUAAAGCAGCAGACUGGUCUCUCGAUCAGUCAAAUUUCGAACUGGAUGGCGAACACGCGGCGAAGACAGAAGGCUCGACCCAAGCGAAGCGCAUCGCCGAGUCUUCGGCCAUCGACAGAAGCUAUCAACAUUCCAGCAGGCAAAACCUGGGAAAGCAUGAAUCCCCUUGAACGAUGGAAGCACUCUCCUCCUGAGAACGAACCUGCUCCGAUGAAUGCUAUCGCCCACGCUGUCGAAACUUUCGACCCUCCAGAAUCUGCCAGUCUGAGCAGCAGCUACCGUAAAGAUGUUUCUAAUGACAGCACUGGAAGCUUCUCAGUAUUCAGGGCGCCCUCUAUCUCAUCUUUGGAGACUGGUCUUACGCAGAUGUCUUCCGGCUCUCUUGGAUCUCACAACACAGCUUACUCGCACGGCUCACGGCACUCUCUCGGCUCGAUGAACAGCUUGAAGUCUAAGGAGAGGAGAAGGCGUCGUCGUCUUCCUACCCGAGCACCAAAGGCUAGUCCUGAUGAGGGCAAACGCAUAUUCCAGUGCACGUUCUGCACCGAUACCUUCAAGUCCAAGUAUGACUGGUCUCGACAUGAGAAAAGCCUUCACUUGUCUCUGGAGAAAUGGCUAUGCGCACCUAUUGGUGAGAUCGUCGCUGACAAGGCUACCGGGAAGCCCAGAUGUGUAUACUGUGACGAGCUGGAUCCUAGCAAGGACCAUCUGGCAACUCACAACCACUCCGCUUGUUACGAGAAAGGUCCAGAGUCUCGAACGUUUUAUCGAAAAGACCAUCUCCGACAGCACUUGCGACUCAUGCACAGUUGCAAGAUGAUUCCCAGUAUGGACACAUGGAAAUCUGAAGCCCAGUACAUCAAAUCUCGUUGCGGCUUCUGCGGGAUGAACUUUGACAAGUGGCAAGAUCGCACCGAUCAUCUGGCGAAAGAGUUCCGGAAUGGCGCGAACAUGAAGAAUUGGAAGGGAUGCAGAGGUUUGGAUCCUCAUGUUGCGAUCCACGUGACCAAUGCCAUGCCGCCAUAUCUCAUUGCCAAUGAGAGCAAAUCCCCGUUCCCGUUCUCCGCAAGCAAUACGACGAGCCUCAAGGUACGUGCCACAGUGGGGAACAUGCAGGCCUAUAAUGAGCAACUCAAUCUAUCGGUUAAUAACAGAGAUCUUGAGUAUCUCCUACCCAACUUGGACGUCAACAACGCGACGAACGAUCUAUCUACCGCGUACCAGAGCGGAAGAGAUCCCUCAACGAUCGGACCGAUUGUCCUGACAACGCCCAAAGACUAUUCUUCGUCGGAGUCGCCGGUUGGUAACCCCAACGCAACCUGUUGGGAGAUCCUCACACUACAAUUGGGACGCUUUGCUCGAGAGUAUAUCGAGAAGCAUGGGGCAGGUACCGUGACCGACGAGAUGUUACAAACAGAAUCACGUCAUAUACUGUACGGUGAUGAUGACCCAUGGAACCAAACCUCUGCCGAUAACCCUGAAUGGUUGAAUCUAUUCAAGAAAGCCCACGGUAUCGAUAACACAGUGCCAAUAAAGAACAUUAAUGGAGACCACGAAGUAUUCGAAGAUCUCGGCAUCAACUAUGGUUCUGCUCUAGAUCCAAGCUUCGAUGUGAGCAACUUCCGCUGCGCCUCGAUGUCUCAGGACGACCCAAUGCGCGCCUUAUCUUUCGAGUUCGCUCUAUCUGGCUCGAUAGGCGUUAUUCAAGGGCAUGCGCGACAACUCUCCUCAGGUCGCGAAACACCCUAUAGUAUACCAGGGCUGAGCGGAUCGCCUACCUCACCAGCCUCUUACGCCCCUAUCACAACUGCCGCAAGUACAGACAACCUUAUGGGUGUAUUCGAGCCCAUCUCGGAACUCGCAUGCACAGCAGCAGGUAGCGCAGGUCCCUGCUUCGGCGAGCAUGGUGAGAUUGGCUUCGCUACAAAAACCGCCGGAUCGCCAAAGAGGAGGUACUGGCUCGAUGAGUCAAAUGCGCAUCUGGCCUCAUUUACAACCAGCACAAAUGAACAGCCGGUUUUUGAGUGCCAGACUGCUGGAGAGUCUGCCGUGGACGAUUUCCAGUUCCCGUCAUGGGAUCAGUUACCAGAGGACUUGCAGAAUCCUACGAGUAGCGCGGACUACAACUCUACUAUUCCGAUUACUACUACUGGUGUCAGCAUGUCGGCUGUUGAGGGUGCUACGUCGAUGCCGUGGGAUGAUAUGGACUUUGCUAUGGAUUUGGAUACGGACAUGGAUAUGAAUCUCAAUCAGGUAUGA